GGCGGCCCCGAGGCGCCGGGCGGGCCGUUUGCUGACCGGAUCGCGGCUGCCCGCCAGCGUGUCCGCGGUGCCGCCGCCGCCAGUAUGGGCUGCGCCCCGAGCAUUCACAUUUCCGACAACCGAGGGUUGAGCCACAGCGACGACGACGAGGACGUGGACGUCCCGGGCCCCGCGCCGAGGUCUAGACAGCGAUGGUCGACCGCGCCCGCGCUCGUGGAGCCCCAGCCUCGCGACAACGGCGCCUCGAAGGUAUCAGUAGCUGAUGUGCAGUUUGGCCCCAUGAGAUUCCAUCAAGACCAACUUCAGGUACUUUUAGUGUUUACCAAAGAAGAUAACCAGUGUAAUGGAUUCUACAGGGCAUGUGAAAAAGCCGGGUUUAAGUGCACAGUCACCAAGGAGGUGCAUGCUGUCCUUGCCUGUUUCCAGGACAAACUCCAUGACAUCAUCAUCAUAGAUCACAGAAAUCCCCGACAGAUGGAUGCAGAGGCUCUAUGCAGGUCUAUCAGAUCAUCAAAAUUCUCAGAAAACACAGUUAUUGUUGGUGUAGUACGCAGGGUGGACAAAGAAGAAGUGUCUUUAAUGCCUUUCCUUGCUGCUGGCUUCACACGGAGGUAUGUAGAAAACCCCAACGUCAUGGCCUGUUAUAAUGAACUGCUCCAGUUGGCAUUUGGAGAGGUGCGAUCACAACUGAAACUCAGGGCUUGUAACUCAGUAUUCACUGCGUUAGAGAAAAGUCAAGAAGCAAUUGAAAUUACAAGUGAAGACCACAUUAUACAGUAUGCAAAUCCUGCGUUUGAAACAACAAUGGGUUAUCAGUCAGGAGAAUUAAUAGGGAAGGAGUUAGCACAAGUGCCCAUAAAUGAAAAGAAAGGUGAUUUGCUCGAUGCCAUAAAUUCAUGUGUCACAAUAGACAAGGAGUGGCAAGGAGUUUACCAUACCCAAAAGAAAAAUGGAGAUAACAUACAACAAAAUGUGAAGAUAAUACCUGUCAUUGGGCAGGGAGGAAAAAUCAGACACUAUGUGUCCAUUAUCAGAGUGUGCAAUGGCAACAGUAAGGUUGAGACCACAACCGAGUGUGUUCAGACUGAUAGUCAAACAGAUAAUCAGGCAGGCAAACAUAAAGACAGGAGGAAACAUUCCAUGGACGCCAAAGCUGUUUCCUCCAGAACAAGCGAUGUUUCCAAUCAGAGAAGACAUUCCUCUUUGGCCCGGAUACAUUCUAUGAUGAUCGAAGCACCCAUCACCAAGGUAAUUAAUAUUAUCAACGCUGCCCAGGAAAACAGUCCUGUGCCUGUGACAGAAGCCUUGAACCGCGUGCUGGAUAUUCUGAGAGCCACUGAGUUGUAUUCACCGCAGUUUAAUGCCCAGGAUGACCCUCAUGCCACUGACCUCGUUGGGGGCCUAAUGUCUGAUGGCUUACGAAGGUUUUCAGGAAAUGAGUAUGUUCUUGCAACAAAAAACUUUCAGCCAUCCUCCAGCAACAUGGCCGCCCCCAUCUCCCUUCAUGAUAUCCCACCACAGAUUGCCCUGGCCAUAGAAAACGAAGAGCAAUGGGACUUUGACAUCUUUGAGCUGGAAGCGGCAACCCAACAUAGGCCUCUGAUUUAUCUGGGUCUCAAAAUAUUUGCUCGUUUUGGAAUGUGUGAAUUCUUACAGUGUUCUGAGACAACACUGAGAUCAUGGUUUCAAAUUAUUGAAACCAAUUACCAUUCUUCUAAUCCCUACCACAAUUCCACACAUGCUGCAGAUGUGCUUCACGCCACCGCAUAUUUCCUUUCCAGAGACAAAAUAAAGAAAACUUUAGACCGCAUUGACGAGGUUGCUGCCCUCAUCGCUGCUGCCAUCCACGACGUGGAUCACCCCGGGAGGACCAACUCCUUCCUCUGCAAUGCGGGAAACGAACUGGCCGUGCUGUACAACGACACUGCUGUGCUGGAGAGCCACCAUGCAGCACUGGCCUUCCAGCUGACGCUUGAGAAUGACAAAUGCAAUAUCUUUAAAAACAUGGAGAGGAAUGACUACCGGACACUACGCCAGAGUAUUAUUGACAUGGUCCUAGCCACGGAAAUGACAAAGCACUUUGAACAUGUUAACAAAUUUAUCAACAGCAUCAACAAGCCUUUGGCAGCAAAAGAAAAUGAGGUGAGAAGAGCUGAUUCUGAGGCCGUGCAUCCGGGCGUCUCACUCGGCAGUGCUGUGAAGAUCUCAGAUAGCAGUGCCCUCGGUGGGCAGGCGGAAGAAGUUGGCAGAAGUCUGGAAGACAUAGAAGCUAUGCUCAAGACUCCAGAGAGCCGGGCUCUCAUCAAAAGAAUGAUGAUUAAGUGUUCCGAUGUGUCCAACCCCUGCCGGCCCCUAGAGCACUGCAUCGAGUGGGCUGCACGAAUUUCAGAGGAGUAUUUUUCUCAGACCGACGAAGAGAAACAGCGGGACUUGCCUGUGGUGAUGCCAGUGUUUGACAGAAACACCUGCAGCAUUCCCAAGUCUCAGAUCUCCUUCAUUGACUACUUUAUCACAGACAUGUUUGAUGCCUGGGAUGCCUUUGUUGACCUGCCUAACCUCAUGCAGCACCUCGAUGACAACUUCAAGUACUGGAAAGGACUGGAUGAGAAGAAGCUGCUCAGCCUCCGGCCCCCUCCAGAAUAGUGUGAGGUGCACACCUGGCCCCGGCUCUGUCCUUCCUGGCCUCUGCAGUUUCUUAGCCCUUUCAAUGUUAGGCAGAGCUGGCCCCUCAUCUGCAGAGCCUGUGAAAGCACAUGGGGUGACCACCUUCUGUGGCCACCCUCUGACGCCAUAGCUUGCUCCAAGGUUCUUUAGUGAGGCACCCAAGAACUGUGGUUUAUAUCAACUCUGUUACCACAGGCACGGCCGGGACCCUGCAGAGGUGACCCAUGGCUCUCCUGGCAGUGACAGCGACCAUGUGUCGUAGCUCCUUGAGCCACAGAGCAGAUCUCAGGCGCAGCCGCUGGUUGUGGAACACUGCUGCACGGGACUUCUAAGUUGACUAGCAAAUGAGACACAGACAUUUAAGGUUGAUUAUCCCAAUUAUUACAUUUUAUUUAUUUUAUUAGACAUUUUAUGUUUUCUAUGAAUUUAAAAAGACUUCAAAGCCAAAGCCAAUUUCAGACACCUUGACCAGAUUCCUGACUGUGUGUGCGUGAUUUGGUUACAGACUUAUUUUAUAAUGCAGAUUUAGAAUUUUAAAAUGAUGCAUUUUCCCCACACUAUGGAAUAUGUUAAACUCUUCUCUUUGAUGUUAGUAGGAAAGGCUUUAUGUGGUGGGUCUCACUCUAGUAUGUCACAGAGAAGCCACGUCUGUGCAGACCCGGUUCUGAGCAGCAGCUGUCAUGAGUUUUGCAGGUGUCUUCUCAGAGAAAAAGUUGGAUUUGACCAUUUUCUCCCUAAAAUUUUAUAACUGAAUUUCUAAAAGCCUGCCUCAUUUUAUACCAUUUCUAUAAAAUAUGCCCGAUAAAAGCAAAGCCAACCUGGGUACCCAGCGGCUGAUAUUUUACAACUAACAUGGGAUACUUGACUCUAGAAAUAUAAAGGUUCUAUCUCCUCACAUUUUGAAGAAGCGUAAUACUAUAAAGAUGAUAUCCAAUGACAUGUCAAAAUAUUAGUCUCAUUUUAAACUUGUAUUUUUUUCUGGAUGAAAUUAAACUAUUUGUUUUUAAGAAA